AUGAGGGUCAACGUUUUCGUUACCGUUGCUGCCGCCCUCCACGGCUUUGUCCAGGCUAAGCCCGUGGAGCGCGGCGCUGGCUCGUCGUCUAAAGACGUACUGCGGGAUCCCCAGGUUGAUCCGGCAGCUGGACCCUUCGACCAACCCUUUGAUCACGUCUGCAGCGGGUGUGGCAGGGGGUAUGAGGCUUGCCAGUGCUUUGAACACCGCCCGACGAAUCUUGCUGCUGCGCCGGUCUUCAAGAAUUACGAUGGCGAAGUUACUCUACCUACGCAUCCCCUCCAGGCUAUGAACAACAAGAAGAAAGGCAAGAAUCCUAAGACGACUACGACCACUGGUCCGCCUCAGACUGACUACAAGACUCCGAGUGGUACUGGCAAGUCUACUGGAACUCAUAAGCCAACCAAGAGCCACAAGAAGAAGAAGGGUCACAAAAAGACGAAGACUCACAAGCCAACUGAGACUUCCAAGCCUUGGUACAUGCCGCCCGAGACUCAUAGGCCUACGGGAACCCACAAGCCUACCUACAAGCCAACUGAGACUCAUAAGCCUACGGGAACCCACAAGCCUACCUACAAGCCAACCGAGACUCAUAAGCCUACGGGAACUCACAAGCCUACCUACAAGCCAACCGAGACUCGUAAGCCUACGGGAACUCACAAGCCGACUUAUAAACCUACGGAAACCCAUAAGCCUACGGGAACUCACAAGCCGACUUAUAAACCUACGGAAACCCAUAAGCCUACGGGAACUCACAAGCCCACCGAGACUCACAAGCCGACUGAAACUCACAAGCCUACCGAAACUCACAAGCCCACAAAUACUCACAAGCCAACCGAGACUCACAAGCCGACUGAGACUCACAAGCCGACUGAAACUCACAAGCCCACGAAUACUCACAAGCCUACCGAGACUCACAAACCUACCGAGACUCAUAAGCCCACAAAUACUCACAAGCCAACCGAGACUCACAAGCCGACUGAAACUCACAAGCCUACCGAGACUCACAAACCCACCGAGACUCACAAGCCCACGAAUACUCACAAGCCGACUGAGACUCACAGGGGCGUGGAGGCUCGAGGCUACGAUGACGGACAAGAUCUUGGCGAACCCCCAACGUAUAGUCCCAAGCCUACUCACACUGGCAAACCAAGUUCCCCAGUGUACCCAUCUCCUACCGGCAAGCCUUAUCCUACUCCAAGUAGCAAGUGCUCUUCUCCCGUCAAUCCCUCGUAUACUGGCAUACCUCAUAAAUUCAGUGAUGGCCAGCCUCCUCACAGCGAUCUGCCUCUUAACGCCUAUCCGGGGCACCAUUGGUGCGAGAUCAAUCCCCAGUUUCCCGAGUGCAGGACGCCUUAUCCUCACCACCCCCCUCAGCCUACCAAGUGCACCCAGGACCAUCCUCACAAUACCGACUGUGUGAAGCCUCAUCCCCACCCCACUGACUGCACCAAGCCUCACCCUCAUCCUUCCGAGCCCUGCUCCAAGAAGCCUGAGCCCUGUGACUGCAAGAAGAUCCCUUGUCCCUCUUGCAACAAGCCCUGCUGUGCUCAUGACAACUGCGGACACCACGGAAGCAAUGGCCACAAGUGCGGUCCCGGCUGCCCAGGCUAUCAUUGCACACACGACUGCCACCACCCUCCACACAAUGGCACUCAGGUGCCACCUCCCCAGAUGACCAUGGGAAUGACGGGCGGCGGUGGCCAUGAGAACACGCCUCCUCCAGAGAACCAGCACCCCCAGCCCACUCAGGUACCAGUGAGCGGUGCUGCGACCAGUGCCGUCUCUAGCUUGGUUCUGGCCAUGGCUGCCAUGGUUGGAGUCUACGUCUUCUAA